UAUUUACUGAAUCAAAACAGCUGUCCAAUGUCACUGAAUGUCGUCAAAAUGACAGCUGACAGCGACUUCGCUGUUCGCAUUCGUCAAUUUGUCAAACUGUAUUCAAUACUCGAUCGUAGAGGAACGAUGAGGAUUAAGUUCUUUCAACGCGGUUUGCGUUUUGCGAAAGGCAGUUGGUCGAAAAUGGCUUUUCCGGAGUCGCCGGCUAAGGCCUCUCUGUGCUGUGAAGGGUCUCAGGACGGUGCGCCGCCGACGUAUGCUAUGUACGAGGCGUUGAAAGAUUCCUGCCAAAACAACGCGACUUAUUUCCAACCGGAUGACAGUGAGAAUGGCCAGAGACUGUACCAGGGCUUCAUGACUCUCAUGGACCAUGUAGACACUGUGUGGCCUUUGGUGGAUCAUGUGAGAAAGGUGGCCCCACUAUAUGAUUUUGAUGCGAAGUCUCCCGGCAAUGGGUACCGCAGUUUCGUCUCAGUAGUUGAUUCCUGCGUGCUGCACGGUUUGAAACUCAGCAGACAAGUGAAUACCAGCAGGGAUGCCCUGCUAUUCCGUAAAGGACACUUUGUUAAGGAGAUAGAGUCCUGUGGUCAGCUCCUAGCAUCAUUAGGCACUUGUCUCCACCACCUACAUACGCUGUUAUCCUGGGCCCCGACUGGUGAAUUGUUCCCGACGGAACCCCAUACUCCCGAAGAGUUGUUCGCUCAAGCAGACACCAUUAAUCAGUAUUGUUUCUAUGGAAGGUGUCUUGGAUUUCAAUUCUUACCGUCAAUGCGAGGCAUACUGAAAGGCAUAUCAAUAUGUAUGGCGGGCUUCUCCGAGGCGUACUAUUGCCAUGGCAACCUCAUCAGCUCAGUAUGGACUGGUGGCCAGUAUCUAAUCGACCCUGAGUUGAGAGCAAGGAGGAUCGUUAAUAUUUCGCAGUCGGCCAGCAUCGAGUUCUGCAAGGCGUUCUGGUUUCUGGCUGAAAGUGAGAUAAUGAAAAGGGUUCCCAGUCUUAUGUCAUCGCCGGUAGCAGUGAAUAAGCUUAUAACUAUACCUCCUGAGCCCAUAGUGGUUACGACCAUAGAGGGCAAAGAGAUCACCGUGCUGCCUCCUUCCGUGCAUAUAGGACUACAAGGCUUGAAUGUCAGACUUAUAAGUGCUAACAAAAGAAUUGGCAUGGCAGGGGAAGGUUCGUCCUCUCUCCCUCCAGCCGAAGGCGUCUUGUUCCACUGCCACGGGGGAGGUUUCGUGGCACAAAGUUCCAAGUCUCAUGAGACGUACCUCCGAGACUGGGCUACGAAGUUGAACGUGCCGAUACUGUCGGUAGACUACAGUUUAGCACCCCAAGCCCCUUUCCCGAGAGCAUUGGAGGAAGUCUUCUACGCUUAUUGUUGGAUGCUGUCCAAUUUUAAGGAGAUUGGUACUACUGGCAAACGCAUCGUUUUCGCGGGCGAUUCGGCCGGCGCGAACUUAGUAGCGGCCUGUACUCUUAAAAUACUGACCUCUGGUCUGCGCCGGCCUGAAGGCAUGUUCCUAGCGUACGCUCCACUGAUGAUCAGCUUCGUACCCAGUCCAGCCAGGCUUCUGUGCUUAAUGGACCCGGUACUGCCUUUUGGAUUCAUGAUGAGGUGCCUUAAAGCGUACGCCAGUCCGAACUCAAAGUCGGAUGGCGGGAAAGGUAAAGGUGACAAACAAAAUGGCGGCAACAAUCAGAUAGUUGUUUCAAAUGCAACUACGCCACUUGACAGCAAUGGCUUCCUUAGAGUUAGCCCUUCACAAGAGGGCAUAAGCUCCGGGCCGUCGUCAUUCGAGGAGGUGUCUCCGUCGGACCUGGCGGAGCUGCAGGCGCACAAGUCGGGCAGCGAGCGGCGCCAGUCCUCCGACACCACCAUCAGCGCCGCCUCGCUGCAGAGCGAGCAUACCGCCACAGGCGCCACUCCACCGGAGGACAAAUCUCAGAAGUACGUGUCAGACUUCCUAGAGAGGUACGUGUUGGAUAGCGAUACGGACUCGGAAGGACGCAGGAUUCCUGUCAUCAAGCCUUCGCCCAACGCCUUAGAUGAAUCUCACAGAGAGCCAGAAUCUGAAAAUUCCAGCACAUUAGUAGGUGAACCGCCGCUAGUGGACGAUAAUGAUCUCAGUAAAGAAAACAAGAAGAGAAUUAAGACGAGGAUAAGCGAAGCUGCCACAGGCUUCAUGGGUGCAAUGUCGUCCCGACUAGCCUACAUCACGGGCUCAAACGCGAUCACUAAACCGACGCAAGAUGAUCUAGCAGCCCGCACAAAUCUAGACGCAUUGAUAGCUCGCAGUCCGUCCGAUGAGUUUAUAUUCUCAGUGCCGAGGGAUCCGCUCUUGUCGCCGUAUUGGGCCGAAGAUCAUCUGCUCACCAAGUUCCCGCCUGUCAGAAUACUGACGGUGCACCUAGAUCCGUGUUUAGACGACUGUGUGAUGUUCGCUAAGAAGUUGAAGAAGCUUGGCAACACAGUCGGCAUUGAAGUGUUAGAAGGACUGCCACAUGGAUUCCUUAACUUUUCACUUAUGGCCAAAGAAGCGAAUGAAGGCUCAAAACUGUGCAUCGAGCGCAUCAAACAGCUACUCGACCUCGAGAACAAUGUGGGAGGCGGCAGGGAGAACGAACAGUUAUGAAUGUGCGGCCUCUGCUGCCGUACGUAGUAAUCACUCGUGACCUAUGUACAAACGGACUCUACGACAAUCGAUUAUAAUCGAUACGAGAAUCUCGAUUAUCGAGUCGUGUGAAGUGGUGAAUAUAUUCAGUGUCUUAAACCACUUAAUAUGCUAAUCAAUUCAUUAAUUGGCAAUUAAAUGUAAGCGGAUUCGACUACUUAACUAUUUAACGUAUGAACUUGAUGCGAUUAAAUCGAUUAUUACUAUAAGCCUUGCUAGGCGAGUUGAUGUUACCUAUAACGCGUACGGUAGUUGAAUUUGUAAAAGCUUAUGACAAAUUGUGUAACACUGUUUUCCGAGUUGAAUUAAGAUUCGCGUAAAGUUUCGCACUGACCAAUUUGUAAAGAAUUAGUCUCACUAAUAUCGAAAAAGUUCGCAGGUAGAAACUUUUCACUUGGGAAUAUAAUGUAAAUUCGUCCGUCAUCGGCGUUUAAGUAAGCGAAUAUUCGCUAAACAAUAUGAGGAAAAGCGCACUAAAUCGAGAAUUAAAUUAAAAUUAAGUACUGCAGUAACUUAGCAGUUUUAUAAAAUAACGAUAUUGCAUCAAAAUGAAAAUUCUCAAUGUAUUAAACAAUGCCAAAUUCCUUAAUGGUACUGUCAAUAUAAAAGUAAGAUAAUGUUUUAAGUAUAUUGUUAUGUUAAAACACGCGUUAGAGUAAACUUCGUCCUGUUUAUUGAGCUGUGUUGUUUCCACGGGGCAGUAUUGUAUGUGCAAUAUGUAUGUAGUUCAGUAUUUACAUAAAAGCUAUUGUAGGUACGUAUUAUAAGCUACGGCAAUCACAAAUAGAUCGGCUGAAAUGUACAAUUUCACCCACUAACCUUAUAAAGGAAAAUCUUUGUAAACUUGUGAAGUUGUGUAAUUUAUUCUUUUCUUUUUGUAAUGUUAUUUUAAUUUAUUAAAUUUUCAUCAUGUUUCUAAGUUAACGUUAUGGUUUGUACUUGUUAUAUUUUGUCACGUUGUUGGCAAUGGUGAUAGAACCAAACAUCACGGGAAAUGCAUUUAGUUAAAAUUAUUUAUUGUAUAUAAUAUUUAACAAAUAAUUGUUGUACAUCUCAACAUUUCCCUUGCUAGUGUUGUGAAAUUUAUUUAAUUGAUCAAUCGUGUGUUGUAAAAAAGCUUUAUAUAUUAAUUGUGUAGGAGUGGCAGUGAUUGUGUUUUAAUAAAAAAAUACUUUAAUUUGGUGUUUAUUAACUGUAUGAUGAGGUUAAAAUCUUUUUUGUUUAAGAAAUCGCGGGUACUUUAACAGGCCAUACAGGGCAACGCAUGCUAAAGAUUCAAAUAUCGCGUGAUUAUUCGUCCUUGCGUGUACCUGUAUUGAUGCCGAAACAAAAGAAUAUAGGUCACUUCACGAUCCACGUAUUUUUUUAUUCCACUACGAACGGAAUUGUAUAAUUUGUUUAUAUAUCGAAUAUAAUAUAAAAUAAUAUCACUUGGAUUCAUUUGAUACAUAAAUGAGUUUUUUUUAGUAACAAUUACCAAAGUUAAUUUUAUUUUCAUUUUAAAUUAUUUUCUUAAUCAUUCUUUUCGUAAACCAUGGACCAUACUGGUAUAUCAUGUCCUUACAUCACAUUAUAGAAAUUUUCGAAACAUUGAAUGCUCAAUUCUUCGUUGUAUAUUUUUGAUAAAUUUAUUUUGUGAAGCGAAUACAACCUAUUUUGUAUGAGUAAUAUUUAAAUUUCAAGAGAUCACACUUGGUUAUAAGAAUCGAGAAGAAAAAUAUCAAAACAUGAAUUAAAUCUUCUAAAAUAGUCUGUGCUUAAAUCUAAAUUAAAGGAAGAUAUAGCAGACAGAAUUAAUUAGAAACUUUCAAUAUCAGCAAUAUAUAGCAUUUUUCCACAGCUGUGUUCAAUUAUAUCAUUUUCUCUGACAUAGUGUCUUAGUGUAUAUAAACUGCAAAUAUUUUAAAUCUCAAGAUUCAAUAGUGAUUAGUCCUAGAAAACGCAUAGCUUUAGAAUAUGCCUAAUAUUUUGUUAUGGUAUAAGAUACUAAAUGUUUUCUUUAACUCGUUGUAUGCCGAAAACGCGGAUCCACGCGAAAAACAAUUCAUCUUAAUACUACGGCAUACUAGAGAAAGUCUUUCGGAAUCUGAAUAAUCUUUAGAAGUGUACCGACUUGCUGUAAAUGUUUAUAUGUUCCACUUUUAAAUAUAAAAUUAUCCAUAUUAGUCAAUGUUUAGAUGAUUAAUGGUUUCUUUGCAUUUGACGCACGCCUUCGUCUACAACUUUCGUAUUGAAAUUCUAUCGCAUUGAUGUUGUUAAUCGAAAUUGACUAUCUGGCUUCGAAUUAAUUGUCAAGGUGUCAAGAACCGAGCUACAAACUUAGAUGCUAUAAGAAUGCAAAGUUAAACUGUGUCUGUGAUAGCGAAUUGAAGCUUUUCGAAAGCAUAACUAACAGUAUUCUAAAACACGAAUAAUAAGUACAUCAUGUAAAAUAAUGUUGUCUGUUUGUGUAUGAAAAUGUAAAAAAAUAAAAAUGUAUUUAACAAUAUUUUUUAUAGAAAUAAAAAUAUCCAUAUAGAUUUUAAAAUAUCUAAAACUUGCAACAUUUCAUUGUUAAUCUCUGUAUAAAUUUAUGGGUGAUUUUAAUAGACGGACACAUGAAAUUUAGGCCUUAUGGAAAUGGAUAUAGAUGUUAAAAUUAUAAUCACAAACGAAAUAGGUCUAUCGUCCAUAGUGAAAAUAUACCAGCUAGUCAAUAAUGACAAUAUUGUACAAUGUCAGUUAUUUCAAUAAAUGAAUGCAAUUA